ACUAGGCUGCUCAGCUGAAGGCAAGCGUCCUUUAUCAGGCCCUUGCAGCCUCCAGCUCUCCCGCAGUGCCUUCAGCCCUUGACACCAACAUGAGGUUCAAGUUCUCCAUCACCGCUCUUCUUCUAGAAGUGAUCUUCAUCAUUUUAUUUGGGGUAUUUGUGGAGUAUGACGCCGGGAGUGUCGAUUUGUAUGCAUACUUUAAGGAUGUCCAUGUGAUGAUAUUUAUUGGAUUUGGUUUCCUGAUGGCCUUUCUGAAGAAAUACGGAUUCAGCAGUGUUGGUAUCAACAUGCUCAUUGCCGCCCUUGGUCUCCAAUGGGGCACUCUAAUACAAGGAUUUUUGCACGGCGGUGUAGGAGGGAAAAUUCGUAUUAGCAUCAAAAGCAUGAUAAAUGCAGACUUCAGUACAGCAACAGCUUUGAUUUCAUUUGGAGCAGUCCUGGGGAAAACCAGCCCUGUUCAGAUGCUGUUCUUGACGUUGCUGGAGAUCGCAAUCUUUGCACUCAAUGAAUAUCUAGUUAUGGAAAUACUUCAGGCCACAGAUACUGGAGCCUCAAUGACCAUCCAUGCCUUUGGAGCUUAUUUUGGUUUGGCUGUAACCCUCAUCUUGUAUCGUCCUGGCUUGCAAAACAAGUAUGAAAAUAAGAAUUCUACCUAUCACUCUGACAUAUUUGCUAUGAUUGGUACCCUGUUCCUUUGGAUUUUUUGGCCCAGUUUUAACUCUGCAAUCGCCGCUGAAGGUGACAAGAUUAAAACAAUUAUCAACACUUACUACGCCCUGGCAGCAUGUGCUGUUGUAACAUUUGGUCUCUCCAGCCUGCUGGAUCAAAGAGGCAAAUUCAGUAUGGUUCUCAUUCAAAAUGCCACCCUGGCAGGAGGAGUAGCAGUGGGUACCUGUGCUGACCUGGCAAUACACCCUUUUGUUGCCAUGUGUAUUGGGAGCAUUGCUGGGACCAUCUCUGUCCUUGGGUUCCGCUUCCUGACUCCUGUUUUGGCAUCCAAGAUGAAAAUUCAAGACACAUGUGGAGUCCAUAAUUUACAUGGCUUACCCGGAAUACUGGGAGGGAUUGCAGGCAUCAUAGUAACUGCGGUACAACCUGAAACUAAGAGAGGUGUCCAACUCACUGUUGGCAGGCAGACUGCCGCCUUGAGCGGCACAGUUGGAAUUGCACUGCUUAGUGGAGCACUGACAGGUGCUAUUCUAAAGCUGUCCAUGUGGGGACAGAUACCUGACCAGAACUGCUUUGAUGACUCUGCUUAUUGGGAGGUUCCAGAAGAGGAGAAACUGCCUGAAAUUCUCUUGAACAACUACAAUGAGCACAGCAGAGUUGAAUCUACCAUGUGGACAUUCAUAGGAUGCCGUAUUUAACAGCCUCUUGAACACUGUUAGACGUGGGGCAUCAACCACCUCUCUAGGAAGCCCGUGCCAGCGUUUGACCAAUCCCACAGUAAAGAAAUGUUUCCUGAUGAUCAGUCUGAGCCUCCCCUGCUGCAGCUUUGUGCCAUUCCCACAUGUUCUACCACCGGUUAAAAGGGAGCAGAGACCAACACCUUCUCGUGCUUCCCAUCCUCAGAAAGUUGCAGAGAUUGGUGAGAUCGCCUCUCAGCCUUCUUCUCUCCAGACUGGACAACCCAAUGUCCUUGGCCUCUUUUGAAAGUUCUCACGUAGUUAUUUUUGUAAAAAUCAAGAAGGAAUUUAGCAAUGUACAUACCGAAUAUAUAUAGAUUUUAGAAGUAUUUUGUGCAUAAUUUAAAAACACAAAGUACUGAAGUAUUUGAAAAAGACUCUACAUAGACAGACAGUAAAACUCUUAUCCUCAAGCAUGAAGCUCAACCCUAGAAAUCCUAUCUGAGGAUUCAGGAGGUCAUUUAUUCACAUGUAGCUAUGAGUCAAUUGCACUGAUUGUGUGUGCUGACUGCAAAGGAAUACCUCAGUGAGAAAUAGAGAAAUAACUAUUGAUUGUGAGUAAAUCUCCCAGAAUGGUCCCUUCAGGAGUUACAUUUCACUCACUGAAACAAAUGGAAAAAAAAUACGUUGUGCUUUUUUUGUCCAGUUCUUACAAGCUUUUUGUAGUGAACUGGACACUCAUCCGCUCAUUCUUGACCUCUGCUUUUUUUCAGAAGAGGGAUUACUUCUUCAGGCUCCCUCAAAAGCUAGAGCAGGGAGACGGGCCCUUCUACAUGGAAAUUUAUCCCACCUAACCCAACUAUCAUUUUCAGGAAAGUCCUUGUUUCCUUUUUGACAAAGAAGAGCCUUAGAAGCUUAGCUUAGCCUACAAAACUGUACAAGAUGGCUUAGUAUGUUAUUAAAUAUAUAUUUUGAUACGUUGAGGUGGUAGUUAUUUAGGAUAAGUGUUCCCUUAGACCCUGAAAACUUCAAGAUGAUGGAAAAAGAAACCAUGAACUUUCAUUAGCAUGGAGGAAGCGAAACACAAUGUCAAUCAAUAUCAAUAAAGGUCACCCAUGUUGAACUUGA